UCUUGAUCUGUUUUCGAAGUAUAUUUUUAAAAUAUCACAGAGGUAUUAUAUUGUGACUGAAAAAAACUGGAAUUUUCUUUACAAAAUAAUUGUGAAAAUGACUCGCCAUGGCAAGAAUUGCACAGCUGGUGCUGUAUACACUUAUCAUGAACGCAAGAAAGAUGCGGAACAGUCCGGAUUUGGCAGUAAAAAUGUCCGCCUUGGUAAAGACUCCGUGAAGGAUUUCGACUGCUGUUCCUUGACUUUACAGCCGUGUAGAGAGCCCGUGAUUACACCAGAUGGAUAUCUCUACGAUAAGGAAUCUAUACUAGAGUCUCUCUUGCAUCAGAAAAAAGAGAUGGCGAGAAAAACUAAAGCAUUUGAGAAACAAAAACGCAGAGAAGAGCAGGAGAAACAUGAACUUAAGGUGGCUAUGGAGAGAUCUAAAGUUGAACGUUUUGAAAAGUUGGAAAAAAGGUUGACAACCAAACCACACGAUGCUUUUAAUACUAGUAAGAAAGAUGAACCGUCUACCUCAACUGCUAAUAACACAAAAGGUAUGUCAAAGGGUAUAUAAUUAUAAACAAUGCCAAACAAAUGUGGUCUUGUAGUCAAUAUAUACUAAAAUGCAUGGCUUCAAUCUUCCCGUUACCAUUUUCCCCUGGCAACCCUCGUUUUGCCGACCUUAAUUCAGCCAAAGUAAGAAUUUUUUGCUGCUGAUAGCUGUUAAAAAGUCAGCGAUUAUAGAAUUCAAUUUGUAGUUCGAUUAACUAAACACUUAGGUGUAAGGUUUAAAAUUGACGGGUAUUUUAUAUAUAUAAUUUAGGUAAGACUCCAAAAGGAAAGCUGUUGUGUUACUGUAGUUUGCGUUUCCGCGGAAAAAGACAUGUUUUAUAUUCCUAUUUCAAUGAUUUGCAAAUACGUCAUUACUAGUGCUCCAAGACAUGUGAACAGAAUUUUUAAAAAAUGCCGAGACGUGCCAACCUAGCCUCAGAUUGGGUCAUUCCAGAAAAGAUCCAUACCCCCCCCCCCACGGAGGAAAUCGGAAGUAAGCCCCUCCCCCCCUUCGGACAUCCUUGAAUGGUUCAUCCUCCCCCCUCUCCAGACAUCAAAGCCCAAAAUUACCCCCCUCCCCUUCGGACAUCCACUAUUUCUAAAUUUUUCUAAAGGCUACCUCGCCAUUUGAAAACGUCACCGAAAAUUAGACUACGUUCACACUACGCGCGAGCGAACUAAUGCGGGCAGAAUUUAUGUGUGUUCACACUACCGCCAUUACAGUUUGUUUACAAAUUGAAUUAGCACUUGUGUAAACCCAAAAUAUUUCAAAUAGACCCAAGAAAUUUAACUGAAAAGCAUUCGAGUUUACAUGUUUGUGUUCACACGAAGCUAUCAAGCGCUCCGCCGUUUUCACCUCGCUCCGUUUAGAAACCGUGCUCAAAUUGUUACGCAAAAGUGACGUGAAACGAGCACACAACACGUGGCAGGUUUUGUCGGAUAAUUUGCAGAAAUUCACUUCGAAAUUUGUUCAAGUAAAACUCGGACUGAAAUCUGAUGUAACUUGCGACUGAUUGACAAGCGUUGCUAUGUUUACUUACAUGUUAAUGCAUUUUUUAGUAUUACUGCAUUCCUUAACCUCGCCCUUAAUAUGAAAGCCAAAUGUUCUAUUUUCUAGACACGCACCUCGCCAGUAAGCUUUAUUGACUAUAUUCUAUUAAAACAAAUUGUUUUGAGUUCUGUUCAGUUCACAUAGCAGUCUCUUAAUUUGAGCAACAGUUUAAUAACUAUUAUUUUUAACACUUGAAUAAUUCAAACUUAUAUAUAUGAACGAAAACUGCAAACUUUACUUUUAUAUAAAUAACAUGUGUCAAUUUUCGACUCAUUCUCAACAUGCAGGAUACGUAGCCCUGUUACAGCGAGUUAGUUUUUGGUGGCCAUGCAUGCAAAAGUGGGCCGCUUAUAUAAUUAUUGCUGUUACAUAAACGUUCCGGUGUUCAAGAGCUACAUAUAGCCGAUAAAAAUUGCGUGCUCAUUAUAAUCGCUGAUCACAUAUUAGCUUUAUCACAGUCUCAAACCUUCAGACAAACAUAUCCACAUUCCUCUCCUCCCCCCUUCGGACAUCCUAACACAUUUUUCCUCUCCCCCCCUUCGGACAUCCUAAGACAUUUUUCCUCCCUCCCCCUUCGGACAGCAAAAAUUUCCUCCAUGGGGGGGGUAUGGAUCUUUUCUGGAACGACCCAUUUAGGUCACCAUUUUUUUGAUGACCUUAAUUUUGACGGUUUUUGAGGGCUGCCUGGGCAACCCCUGGGGAAAUGUACAUCCAAAGUUGUUCAGCAUCUGAUCCACGAGGUAAAACCACCGCCUACUUUGUUUAAUACUUGAAAUAUCAAUUCUGCUCUCCUUCCCCCACUCUGAUCGAGCUUUCAAACAAAACUAUUUUUGCUCAACUUGGUCUACUUUAUAGCCCGGUUGUUUUCGAAAACAACAUACUUUUUCAUAAAACUGAGAAUGAAAGUAGUGAUACAUUAUAGCUAAUUUGGUUACAUAGCUCAGUUGUGUUGCUAUCUAAUCAAUAUACACUUAUGUCUACUAGUUAAUUUGGAUGACUGUAAGACUCCCUAUACCGCUCCCCACAGCCGCCUACUUUGUCAACACAGCCACCAAUUCAGAAUAAUUCUGAAAGCCCUGGUGGCAGACACUAUGGGCGUCAGGGGUGGGGCAGAUACACUAAUUUCGAAAGACCUAUAAACGUCUGUCAGAAACAUAGUGGCAAGCAUGCAAUCACAUCCAUAUGAUAUAAUUGUCUGCUACAGUCUAAUUAUUCGCAUUAAACAAUCUUCCCGAAUCCGUCACUAAUAUGUCAUAUAAUAAUAAUAUUCCUAUGGUCGAACAUAUAAUAACAACAUAUAAGUUGAUUUGUAUGUUUUUCAGUUUAUUUAUUUAAGUUCUAUUAUUAGCUUAUAUAAAAGCAAUUAUUAGCUUAUAUAAAAGCACCGCCUUUCGAACCUGACAGCCUGUUCGCAGGAUAUGCGCGGGAUUUGAAAUAGGGGGCGGCAACAAUAUUUCUUAUUUCAGUGCGAAAUAACGCGUGUAUAUCCUGCGAACGGGCUGUCAGGUUCGAAAGGCGGUGCUUUUAUAUAAGCUGAUAAUAGAUCUUAAAUAAAUAAACUGAAAAACAUACAAAUACAAAUCAACUUAUAUGUUGUUAUUAUAUGUUCGACUAUAGGAGUAUUAUUAUUAUAUGACAUAUUAGUGUAAUUUAGUGUUAUAAUUCAGUUAAAAGGCAAUAUAAAGACACUAAAAUAAAUAAAAUGAAAAACAUACAACACUAACACAGAUCAACGCUUGGGCUCCCUGUGGAUUAACCCAAAUGUUGAGUGACAGCGCUCUCGCCAUGACGAGCAAAACGUCUGCCGUUAGACGGAGUGGACAGUUUAUUUGUUAUACUAUUAAUAAUUGCAGUUGGGAAAGAACUACCAAGUUUCUGGAUUCCAUCCCUUACACCUCAAGCAAAACCAGAUGAAGCCAAGAAACCGGAUACUAAAACAAGAUGUCCAAUGUCUGGCAAACCAUUACGAAUCAAAGAUCUUAUACCAGUCAAAUUCACUGUCGCUGCUGGUGAUGAUAAAUCGCUCAUCACCCGUGAGGUUCGUUACAAGUGUGCUGUUACCCAUGAUGCUCUGGGAAACUCGGUUCCUUGUGCUGUACUCGCGAACACUGGAAAUGUAGUGACAAUGGACUGUGUUGAGAAGUUGAUUAAAAAGGACAUGUUAUGUCCUUUCACUAGUGAGAAAUUAAAAGAAAGUGACAUCGUUGCAAUCCAAAGAGGGGGAACUGGUUUUUCUGGUUCUGGAGUGGAACUUAGUGCAAAGAAAGAUGGACCAGCCAUGCAGGUCUGAUUCAUAGAUAUCUUAUAUACACUAGACAGUGCAUCUCAGUCUUUUAGUAAAAUUGAAGCCAAGAAUAUUCCAGCGGUUACCCCCAUUUGAAUAGAUGGCGGCCAUGUUGGAGUUUCCCACUCGCUAAUAAACGCUUAAAAAACAACAAGAACUUUCAUCAUUUGAAUAGUUUGAAAAUGUAUUUGGAAUAGGUUUAACUGGAUGUUUAAAUUUUUGAAUUGCAGUAUUAUUAGAUGCACUCCCUGGUGUAUAUAAGAUAUCUAUGGUCGCUAGAGGUCUGACACACCGCAGAAAUAAGUCAAUACUGAAUUUUUGUGUGCUCCUUUAUUUGCGAUAUACAUUAUUCAUUAAAACACAGUACAUCAUACUGAUUGUACGAAUUACAUUGGUUGACAUAUAUAUUCAAUUAUUUGAAUCGUUUUACAUGUAAUUACUUGAAUCAUAUUAAGAAUCAUUCUUCAGAAUUUGAAAUAAACUCUAUUUGUGACUGUUAUAUGGUCACUUUUACACUAAAUUAUCAAUUGUCAAUUAUACAUUAUACGCAGCUCAAUUCAAAAAACGAACGAUGCACCUAAAAAGAAACAAAUCAUACUGUAGACAAUUACAAUGUCUAUUGUUUAUCCAAUCUCGUUCCCCGAGCCUGCGAUCCUCGUGAAGGAACUUGAGGCUCUGGGAUAAUCCGUUUCAGGGAGGAAUCUGAUUGGCCGUUGAUAUGGAAUGC